AUGAGUGACAACAAUUAUAUCCGUCUUCAACGUGCACACCCUCGACUACUGAUUCCAGAUUUAGAAGAUUCAGAAGAUUCAAAAACACUAGGCCCUAUUAUUGGUUAUGCUCAAGAGCCACUUCUUUCACUGGCUAAAGCAUGUGAACCGUUGGUUUUAGUGGUCGAUCAUAUAUCCGGCUAUAUUACAGAAGCUCUGGCCAAUACUCCGGAUGAUCCAGCCGAUGGACUAACUCGCGAUGAAUCAGCUUCGAUUCGUCUCUACACGAUGGAAUGGACUGGCGAAUCGAGAAGUCUUUAUUCCAUUCUUAACCAUACUCUCAGUACAGCUGAUCGCGAAAGUUUACGACCAUGGUUUAAAUACCUUAAACUUUUUCUUACUGCCUUAGCCAAAAUCCAAUGUGAGCCUCCGACAAUCGUCUGGCGUGGAGUGCAAAAAAACGUUAGUGACGAAUAUCCACUUGGACGUGAAGUGAUAUGGUGGGGUUUUUCAUUCUGCACAACAUCGCUUUCUGUGUUAGAAAACGAUCUCUAUUUAGGAAGCUCGGGUGAGAGAACUCUCUUUUCUAUUGAAGUUUUGAACGGCAGAAGGAUACGUGCUCAUUCUGCUUUUGAUACUGAAGAUGAAAUUUUAUUGUUACCCGGAACGUGCAUGGAAGUGCAAUCAAAAUUUGAUCCUGCAAUUAAGCUCGAAUACAUUCAUUUAAAACAAAAGACACCGAAGGAAAUAUUACUUGAACCUCCAUCUAAAGGUCUUUUCAACUUGAACAGUUUUUUGUUUUGAAUUAAAAUAUGCAUAUAUUUAGAUGCAUGUCUUUAUCCAAAAAUUUCGACACCGACGUCAAAACAUUAUUGGUAUAGGAAAAAGAGAUUCUUCAUUUCAAUCAGCUUCCUGAUACUUGUGAUC